ACAAGAUAAGUUGGGCCAAAGUCCCACUAAGCUUUAGAAGAUUCGACAUUGACUAAUUUGAUUGCUUGUUGAUAAAGUAAUUAAGUGUUAUACAGCGUUGUCUUGAGGAAAAGUUAGAACUGAAGAAACAUCAAAUUGCAGAAUGAGUUCGAGUGGAGAGCCAUCCUCUUCAGUUGGGGCAAUCAGAAGCCCAAAUCCUAAAAAGAAAGACUUCACUCACUUCAUUUCACUUCCAUUGGGAAUACAUCAUCCUGAAUUCGUUAACAAGCUGAAUAAAUUCCGGAAAUCAAUUUUGGAAUGGAAAAACUUGACAGGCAUGAGAAUCGACCCAUCCCUAUUUACUAAACCAAGAUCUCUUCACUUUACUGUUCUCAUGUUAGAACUAUCGAACGACGACGACGUUGCUAAAGCUGAGAAAGUUUUGCAGGAUGUCUCUUCUAAAUUGAUGGAAACCUUGAAGAACAGGCCUGUCUCCAUUAGACUUCGGGGCCUGAAAUGUAUGGGGGAUACUCCUUUGAAUAGAGCGCGAGUUGUGUAUGCACCACCUGUGGUAGAUAGUGGCAGUGAGGAAAGACUUCUUAGUGCUUGCCAUGUCAUUAUCGACGCAUUUGCUGAAGCUGGACUUGUUGACAAAGAUGCUAAGGACAGAUUGAAUUUGAAGCUGCAUGUUACUUUGAUGAAUACAACUUUUAGAAGAUGGCUGGAUGGCCAAAGCAGGGAAAACCCCGAUUAUUUUGAUGCACAGUCCAUUUUUGAGCAGUUUGGAUCAGAGGAAUGGGGGGAGUAUGCUAUAAGGGAAGCUCACCUGUCUCAGAAAGGUCAGUUUGCAGACGAAUAUUUUUACUGCUGUGCUUCUGUGUCAUUUCCUGAAACUUGCAAGUAGAGUAAUUUUCCAAUCCUUCUUUUAGAAAAUGUGUUUACUUUUCUCUUUACUUGAUUGUCAAAGUUUUAUAACCCUAUAAACAUGUAUAAUUUGUAUGUGUAUGAGUGUGCUUUUUGAAGAGACUGUGAGAGUGAGUUUAAAGAGUGAGAAACAAAGGUUGUAGUGAGAGUGAGUUUGAAUAUAUGUAAUAUUUAAGUUCUAAGUGAAAAGCUAUCACUUUUCUUGUGGGUUUGGUGAUCUGCUUUUUUAUUA